AUGUUUAUCGGAACCUCGGCCAAUCCUGGCUUUGAAUUGCACGCACGAGAUGCUGCGCAAGACGCUGCUCACCAGGCCUACAAGUCUACAGUCGAAUUAUGGACGCUGUAUUCAAUCGGUGUUGCCGUGACGAUGCUCAGAACAUACGCACGAGUAAGAGCAGUGGGAUGGAAGCAUUUGCGAUGGGACGACUACCUGAUAUGGGUCGGAAUUAUAUUCUAUACCGCGCAGACAGCUCUAGCACACACUGUCGGUAGUGUGGCCCAUGGUCUGGCAAACAGCAGUAUGACGGCCGCUCAGCGUGCAGCGCUGUCCCUCGAUAACCCCGAAUACCAAGCCAGGGUACUUGGGUCCAAAAUCCAGAUCGCAGGCUGGACGACUUACUCGGCGAUGAUCGCGUCGAUUAAGCUGUCCAUGUUAGCCUUUUAUGUUCGGCUGAUGGAGGGACUUGGCCGGAGUUAUCGCAUUCCCAUCUACGUCGGAUUCGCCCUGGUCAUCGGGAUGCAUCUCGCGGCUAUUAUCACCAUCUUCGCGGCCUGUCGGCCUUUCUAUAAAUCCUGGCAAAUUAAUCCGAACCCUGGCACUACCUGCCAGCCGGCCAUUUCUCGGCCCAUUGUCUGGGUGUCGUUUGCCGCCAACAUCGUCACUGAUAUCUAUCUGAUCUUCAUUCCGAUUCCCAUGCUAUGGAAAUCAAGCCUGAAGGUAUUGAAAAAGAUUGCAACGACUUUUAUCCUAAGUGCCGGUGUGUUCGUGCUUGUCUGCGCCGCUAUCAAGAGUAUUCUACUCUUAGUCGACCCCGCAAAUGGCGCAUCUCUCGCAAACCAAUGGGGUACCCGAGAAACAUUCGUUGCAGUAAUCACAACCAACCUGCCAAUGAUCUUCCACCUGCUCCGAACAUGGCUGGCGCGCGUUUACGGCGGUGCAUUCCAACGGUCCUCGCAAAGCCCAUACAAAUCACCAUCGGGCGGGUUCCGGAGCAUCGGCGGCGGCGGCGACUAUUCCAGCCGGAAUCGGCGCGGUCCACCUAGUGUCAACCCGAUCACUGCCAAUAUGACCUUUAGCGAGAGUGAAGAGCGGAUGGUCGACGAAAUGAAGAUGCAAGGGUUGAAGGCAUACCCUGACUCUUCGACGCCGAACGAAUCGCCGAAUGGGAUUGUGGUUUCGAACCAGAUUGAGGUUACCCAUGAGACGAGGAGUAGUCGCGCGAGUCAGCAGGCUGAACACGGUGCUCAUGAAACUUGGUGA